UAAUUUUGAAAAUAUUUCGCUACAAACUGUUGGAAAGAAUACGAUAUUGUAAAGGAAAGGAAGCGUUGUUAAGACGAUAAAGUACAUAUAAAAUUCGAGUUUUAAUGUCUUUAACAAAAGGAAUUACAUUAGAAGAAGAAAUGAAGAGGAAUCCUCAAUUGAAACUGUCCGAUAUGCAAUCACUGAGAGAAUGGUGCGAGAAGCAACCACAUUUGCCAAAAAUUGAAGACAGCUUCCUCGCUUUGUUUCUUCACAGCAAUUACUAUCAAAUGGAACCAACGAAAAACAAAAUCGAGAAUUAUUAUACGAUAAGGACACUUUUACAAGAAGAAUUUUGCAAUCAAGAUCCGCUUAAAGAAAAGGGGCUACAACAAAUCUUCAAAACCUCGUUUGUUUCUCCUCUAAAUGGAUUGACAAAGGAUGGCUGUAAGAUGAUAUUUUCCUCAUUACUGGACAGUGAUCCUUCUUCCUAUGACUGGAUUUACAGUUUCAAAUAUGCCACAAUGUCAAUGGACAUACAUUUAUUGAUGGAUGGUACGACUGAUGGUACUAUUUUCAUUCUUGACGCUAGCAAAUUCUCCUUUGGUCAUGUUAGACGAUUGAAUCUAUUGGCAAUGAAGAAAUAUAUGUACUACGUUCAAGAGGCAGCUCCAGUACGAUUAAAGGCAGUUCAUAUUAUAAAUGCGUUACCUGCCAUGGAAUUGUUUAUCAGCUUGAUAAAGCCUUUCGUAAAAAAAGAGUUGAUAGACAUAAUACAUUUUCACUCAUCGUUAGGGACCCUUUCUGAAUACAUCCCAGUGGAUGCGUUGCCAAACGAAACAGGUGGAAAAGCCGGUUCCAUGCACAAACUAGCUGAAAUUCAAGUGAAAAAAUUGGGAGAGUUUCGCGAGUGGUUUCUAUUGGAUGAAUCAACCAGACGCGUUAACGAAGCAUUAAGAAUCAGCAAGAGCAAAACAACUAAUGAUUUGUUUGGUACAGAGGGUAAUUUUAGAAAACUUGAUAUAGAUUAAUAAACAUUUAU